AAAAAAAUAAAAAUAAAUAAGAAGAAGAAAAAGUAUGCAUUAACAAACCCAGAUUUUGAUCGUUCGGUAAGCUUUGCCCACUUCAGAGAAAGACAGAGCAGAGCAAAAAGAGGUAGUAGGAAUUAGCAGCACCAUGGCCACCGACUUCAAGUCCAUCCCCAUAAUCGAUAUAAGUGCUCUGUUGGCCAAGUGUGAUGAUCCAAAAAUGGCUGAGGAUCCAGGUUUGUCUGAAGUUGUUAGACAGCUAGACCAAGCUUGUAGAGAGGCAGGAUUCUUCUAUGUGAAAGGCCACGGUAUUCCUGAUUCCCUCCUCAAAGAGGUAAAAAGUGUGGCUCACAAAUUUUUUGAUCUUCCAUAUGAAGAAAAAAUCAAAAUCAAGAUGACUGCGGAGGCUGGGUUCAGAGGAUACCAGAGAGUUGGAGAAAAUAUAACCAAAGGCAUACCUGACAUGCAUGAGGCUAUUGAUUGCUAUAGAGAAGUAAAGGAAGGGAUGUAUGGAUCUCUUGGCAAAACCAUGGAAGGAUAUAACCAAUGGCCAUGCAAUCCUCAAAACUUCAAAGAACUAAUGGAUGUAUAUAUCAGACUCUGCACAGACCUUUCAAGAAAAAUUAUGCGGGGAAUUUCUUUAGCAUUGACUGGGUCGCCAGAAGAAUUUGAAGGCGGAAGAGCUGGAGAUGCAUUUUGGGUGAUGCGUAUCAUAGGUUACCCAGUUGUACCAACAGCAGAUGGUCCAGGCCCAACAAAUGACAUUGGAUGUGGAGCUCACACUGACUAUGGUUUGUUGACGUUGGUUAAUCAGGAUGAUGAUAUAACCGCACUACAGGUAAGAAACCUGUCUGGUGAAUGGAUAUCAGCUCCUCCAAUUUCUGGAACAUUUGUAUGCAACAUUGGUGACAUGCUAAAGAUUUACUCCAAUGGCUUGUAUGACUCAACCUUGCACCGCGUUAUCAACAAGUCUCCAAGAUAUCGGGUUUGUGUAGCAUAUUUCUAUGAGACAAACUUCGAUACAGCAGUGGAGCCUUUGGAAACUUGUAUACAGAGGUCAGGUAGAGCUAAGAAGUUCGAAAGAGCUGUAUAUGGGGAGCAUUUGGUCAGCAAGGUCCUAACCAAUUUCGGUUAGGAGCUGAGAUGAUGAGAUGAAUGUUCCAGUGUUAUUGCUGUGAUUGCGUUCAUCUGGAGAGAGUGGGAGAAAAAUAAACUGCAAGUUGUAUUUUGUGAAGAGUAUUUGUCAUCUGGAACCUUUGUCUCAACGUCCUGUUGGGAAUUAAGAAAAUUGUUUCAGUUUUCUUGUAGUUGUGCAGAAUAACUAUAAACUGCUGGUCAUUACAAUCCUCCUUUUAGGCUUUCUUAGAAAUUAAAAUGGAGUAUCAAUUGCCAAUUCAUUGUAUAGCUUAGUGGCAGAAUUUGGGUUUGAAUGCCCUCUGCUCCACUUAUUGUAAGCAAACUAAUAAUAAUAAUAUGAGAAUAAUAAUAUAUAUUUUUUUAAAAGUA